AUGCUAGAUCCACCAGAUCAUGAAGAGCGAUGCACAUGCUCACCGAAUGCGGCUUACAACACAACAAACCCGCGAUUACCACCCUAUCCGGAGCCCUGUGAGCUGCAGCCAGAAGCGCGUCUACGUCCACGCAUGCCCUCGCACUCCACUGCCUCGGGCUACACCGCUGCGGCGAUCAAUGCUGCCACUGCCUCUUCCGCUGCCCUUGCGGGGUUAGUCCGCCUUCCCUCCACCACAUUUGCCCUCACCUCUUGGCUUCGUGGUGGUUCGGAAAUUUCCUUUCUCUCUACUAAAGCACCGCGGAAGUGCUACCACCAACCUGCAUCGCUUCGCCACAUGCCCGGUCGUGCACCACAGCCGUGUAGCAUGUCAGCACUGCGUAUGGCCGCCUCCUUCCAGUCCUCCGUCUGCUAUAUCCCUCAUGCCCAAUGUGGGCGGUCUUCGGCUUCCAACACCGUUGUCACCACCGCCCACCUGAAGGGUCAGGAUGCUAGAGGCAAGUUAUGGCAGCAGUAG